AUAUACGAUAAGUUUUAUAGCGAAAAAGUUAAGAGAUGUCAAGGGAUUAUUUUAAUGAAAUACCAAGGUAAGACAUGAAAUCAUUUUUUUCAUGAGAUGUUUAAGUAUCGAGAAUUAUGUCUUCGAGCGACGAAACAAACCUUACAAUUGAAGAUCUUAAAGAAAAGAACAAUAAAAAAAGUUUACGUAAACAGAAACGUGCUCAUCACAGAUUACUUAGAGAUAUGAACAUUAAAUGCUCCUGUCAACCCACACAGUACUUGAUGAUAUGUAAUGGUGGUUUAGUUACCGGUAUUAAAAGGGAAACAUUGCAAUGCGUAUUAGAUGCAUUGAUUUCCAAGUAUACUUUGAUAAUGCCAACAGGCAAAUCAUACUGCUUCAUAACAUGCAAUUCAAAGGAAGAUGCGACUUGUGUAUAUAAUUAUAUUCAUGGACGUAUUAAACUGCCAGGCCAAAAUGGUCCAUUAUAUGUAUGCUAUACUGAAACCGUUCCUAGCACAGAUAAUGUUAUGUCUAAUUCUACAUUUCCACCUGGUCUUACAUUAAUAGAGAAUUUUAUAACAAAGAAACAAGAAGAAACUUUAUUAAGGACACUCAAUUGGGAUGAAUGUGAAUCUGUCACAUCACUUCAGUUGAAACAUAGACAAGUGAAACAUUUUGGAUAUGAGUUUGAAUAUGGUACAAAUAUAGUGAAUCCUGACGAUCCAAUCGCGCCGAUUCCACAAGAUUAUGAAUUUCUGCAGACUCUAUUCAACAAACACAAUCAUAAAUAUAAAUAUGAUCAAUUGACUAUUAAUAAAUAUCUACCUGGACAAGGUAUACCACCACACAUUGACACACAUAGCGUCUUUGAAGAUACAAUACUGUCUUUGUCACUGGGUUCUGCGUGUAUCAUGAACUUCAAGAAGGAAAAUCAGAAUAUCAAUGUGUUCUUACCAGCUAGAUCUUUGUUGAUCAUGACAGGAGAGGCAAGAUAUGCGUGGACACACGGCAUCUGUUCCCGUCAUAAUGAUGUAAUUGAGACGGAGAACGGAACCACAACGAAGGAACGUGGCAUCAGAAUUUCUUUCACUUUUAGGAAGGUGCGACGAGGUGAUUGUUGCUGCACCUUCAAAGAAUACUGUGAUAAUAAAUACGAUACCGCUGCUUUCGUUGAUGCCAAAACAGCAUCAGGACUGGAAGAUUCAUAUGUACAUAAGGUUUAUGAGGAAAUAUCUAAUCACUUUAAUGAGACACGACACAAACAGUGGCCUAAUGUAUCCAAGUUUCUCGGAAGUUUGGAAGAGGGUACAUUAUUGUUGGAUGUGGGCUGUGGCAAUGGCAAAUAUCUUUGUGGAGAUCGAAAUAUAUAUAAAAUGGGAUGUGAUCGUAGUUCCGGACUGACGGAUAUAUGUCGCAAGCGAGGCUUUGAAGUUCUCCAAUGCGACUGUUUAUAUUUGCCAUACAGAGACAAUUCCGUGGAUGCAGUGAUCAGUAUCGCAGUGAUUCAUCAUUUGUCUACUCGGGAACGGAGACGACGCGCUAUUUCCGAGAUGGUUCGAGUAUUGAGACCAACAGGAAAAUGCUUGAUUUAUGUGUGGGCGAAAGAGCAGCGCAAGGAUUCUACAGAUUCGUCCUAUCUGAAAUACGGCAAAAAAAACAAGGACGAGACCGAAAAGAUUGGCCAGAAGGAAAUCAGUCGCGAGAGAAUUUCUGAAUGUGGCUCAACAUUACCAGUUCACGAAAACAGAACGAAUUUUGCUCACAGUGACAUGUUGGUUCCUUGGAAAAAGAAGAGCGGCGAACGUUUCCUGAGAUAUUAUCAUGUAUUUCAGGAAGGCGAGCUUGCAAAAUUAUGUACGGAGGUGUCCGCAGCUAUAAUUAAGGAAGUCUACUAUGAUCAAGGUAAUUGGUGCGUCAUUCUGGAGAAAUGUAUAGACAUCAUGAAAUAAAAAUGAUAGAUUUUUU